AAACACGCGAUGUUUGGAGAGACACUAGUGCAUCUGUUGUAAACGUUAGAGUUAGCUAGUUAUUUAGUUUUCAGUGAUCAUUCUUGCCAGGCGCUACAGUUGGGCAACACUGUAUUCUAUAUCGUGGUCCGACGAGGGAGUUUAAUUGCUAAAACAGUAAAGAUGCAGCCAGCAACAGCUAAGUGGUAUGACAGACGGGACUCUGUUUUUAUAGAGUUCUGCGUGGAGGACAGUAAAGAUGUGCAAGUAAAUUUUGACAAGUCCAAAAUUGAUUUCAGCUGUGUCAGUGGAACAGAUGAUAUCAAACACCAGAACACAGUGGACCUUUUUGGGGAGAUCGACCCCAAAGAAUCCAAACACAGACGCACUGACAGGUCUGUGUUGUGUUGUUUACGAAAAGCAGAGGCUGGGAAAUCAUGGCCACGACUUACCAAAGACAAGACAAAGUGCAACUGGCUCAGUGUGGAUUUCAAUAACUGGAAAGACUGGGAAGAUGACUCAGAUGAGGACUUGUCAAGUUUCGAUAAAUUCUCAGAGAUGAUGAACAGCAUGGGAGGGGAUGAUCUACCUGAUUUAGAUGGUGCAGAUGAUGAGCAUGAUUCUGCAGACAGCGAUGACGAAAAAAUGCCGGACCUUGAGUAGAUGAAUGCAGAAGCCACCCCAGUAGUAAACAAAGCAAGUAAUAAGUCGGUUGAAGAGAGAGACUAGGCAUGAGUUGGCAGCCAUGUUGGAGAAGAAACCUCAUCUCUCUACACAGUUUCCAAAGCGAAACCCAUGAAGGGAGUGACAGAGAGUGACUGUUGGAUACAGACAUGCACAGAGAUCCAUAGCGACAUACAGUGCUGUGCUUUGCUGUUCUGUUCUGCAUGGACAAUUCUGUUCAAAUGAAAAUGUUAUUGUUUAUUGACCUAAAUGACUGUAAUGGGAUGUGCUGAUGUCUUACACCUUCUCCCUCUUUUUUUUUGCAACGUCAGGUUAUGUAAUGAACAUUGUGAUUUCUAAUGAAGAAAAAAACAAACUCAAAUGCCUAUUUUCCAAAAAAGUAGAUUUUUUUAAUGACAGAUUUUUCCCCUUUAAUGUUUGUAUUGUAAAUUGCACUUACUAUGUUUGUUAAUUUAAAAAGCAGGAGUUCCGCUUGAAAUGUUUUUUCCAAUGUAUGCCAACAUCUGCAAAUAUUUAACAAUAAUUUCAUUUUUUAAACAUAUUUCAGCAUUUCAAAUAAACAGAUAUGCUUGUGCAACUCACAGCUUGUGUUGAGAUUAUGGUCAUAGAGUGGUACAAGUCUUUGCAUAUCGUUAUACCUUUGCAAAGGUGAGUUUGUUUCUCUAUGCCAGUGUACAAAACAUUGCACAUUGUAGCAGGUACACAUGCUCAUUUUCUUCCAUAUGCAUACUGGGGUGAAAGCUAAAAUCCUAUGUAGUUUAUCAAGAGUUCCCCAAGUAGUUUAAAACAGUACAGGUUAUAAAUGUUUGUACAUUACAUACACUAGAACUAUGCUUUGGAGGCUUGUGUGAUUCAACAUGUUAAAACACUUUUGCGUUUGUCUUAUGCUGUGGGAGUUUGGGUAUAAAUUUCUAAUAAACUGUUUCAGACUGUUGUAUACAAGG